AUGUCGUUCGGCGGGCAAACCCCCACCAUCAUCGUCCUGAAAGAAGGAACCGAUACCUCGCAGGGAAAGGGCCAGAUUGUCUCCAACAUCAAUGCAUGUUUAGCAGUUCAGGCAACCAUAAAGUCGACACUGGGUCCAUAUGGCGGUGAUUUGCUCAUGGUGGAUGAGAAUGGUAGACAGACCAUCACCAACGAUGGCGCUACGGUUAUGAAGUUGCUCGAUAUUGUGCAUCCGGCAGCCCGAAUCCUCGUCGACAUUGCGAGAUCACAAGACGCUGAAGUCGGCGAUGGCACAACGUCUGUGGUAGUAUUGGCGGGUGAGAUUAUGAAAGAGAUCAAGGAACACGUCGAGCAAGGUGUCAGCUCCCAGAUCAUCAUCAAGGGUCUACGGAGGGCGUCGACUAUGGCGGUGAACAAGAUCAAGGAGAUCGCAGUCCGAACCGACGAGGCUAGCAGAAGGGAGACCCUUGCCAAGCUUGCCGGCACAGCCAUGACGAGCAAGCUGAUCAAGCGAAACACCACUUUCUUCACUAAGAUGGUGGUCGACGCUGUCUUAUCACUCGACCAGGAUGACCUGGAUGAGAAACUCAUUGGCAUCAAGAAGAUCCCCGGCGGCUCUCUCACCGACUCGCUUUUCGUUAACGGUGUUGCGUUCAAGAAGACCUUCUCCUAUGCCGGUUUUGAGCAACAACCUAAAGUAUUCAGCAAGCCCAAGAUUGUCUGCCUGAACGUCGAACUUGAGCUCAAGGCGGAGAAGGACAACGCGGAGGUACGAGUCGAACAGGUUUCGGAAUACCAGGCUAUUGUUGAUGCCGAAUGGCAAAUCAUCUUCAAGAAGCUGGAAGCAGUAUACCAGACUGGCGCCAAAGUUGUCUUAUCCAAGCUGCCCAUCGGUGACUUGGCAACCCAAUACUUUGCCGACCGCGACAUCUUCUGUGCUGGCCGUGUAGCCGCCGCAGAUAUGGAACGUGUUGUUCAGGCCACUGGUGCCACGAUCCAGUCGACAUGCUCGGAUAUCCAAGCACAUCACCUUGGAACUUGCGGGUCUUUCGACGAGCGCCAGAUUGGUGGCGAGCGUUUCAACUUCUUCGAGGACUGUCCAGAGGCCAAGACGUGUACUCUUGUUCUGCGUGGUGGUGCCGAACAGUUCAUCGCAGAGGUCGAGCGCUCCCUGCACGAUGCUAUCAUGAUCGUCAAGCGAGCUAUCAAGAACCACAUGAUUGUUGGUGGUGGCGGUGCCUGCGAGAUGGAGAUUUCAGCUUACCUACACAACUUCGCCGACAAGAAGGUGCCGCACAAGCAACAGGCCAUCAUCAAGUCGUUCGCCAAGGCGAUGGAGAUCAUCCCCCGUCAACUAUGCGACAAUGCCGGAUUCGACGCUACCGACAUCCUCAACAAGCUGCGUGUAGAACACCGCAAGGGCAGCACGUGGGCAGGAGUUGAUUUUACGAAUGAGGGCGUUGCGGAUAUGAUGGAACGAUUUGUGUGGGAGCCCGCGUUGGUGAAGAUCAAUGCUAUCCAGGCAGCUACGGAGGCAAGUUGUCUAAUACUAGGUGUGGACGAGACAAUUAGAAACGAAGAAAGCGCGCAGCCUCAAGCGCCUGGACAGGCGCUGCCCCCUGGUGCUGCGCAGAGAGCGUUGAGAGGACGUGGACGUGGCAUGCCAAGACGGUAA